AUGCAGGUGGCACUAAAAAACUUUGAAGCGACUAUAUCUCAGAAGGGGAGGUAUACCCACAAUGAGCAGCAAACACUUCGUAAUAUUUUCAACGCCCCGUCCGCAGCCACUGUGGAAGAGCCAAGCACGCUUCAGCCUUUGGCCGAGACCGAAAGGAGUGCGCAUCAGUUGCUUGGAUCUCUUGGUAGAAAUUACCCCAGGGAAUACUUUGAUCCAAGUUUGAUGAUACUGUUGGCAGACCAUCUCGCCAAGUCGAAGCGAAUUACCUUCUGCUCCAUUGACUGCGAAUUUUUCGAAAGAACUCCAUCGCUCAUAACUGAGAUUGGGUUAUCUGUUGUUGAAAUUGAUAGAAUAAAACCCUUUUGUCUUCCUCCUAUUCGCAACUAUCAUUUGGUCAGAAAAGAAGGGUUCGAGAAAACAAGGAACUUCAAAUAUGUACCAGAUCACCGAGGCUAUAGCGCAACAGCAACCAGCGUCACCUUGCCCAUGGAGAGAAAUAGAGAGCAUUUCAAGGAGAUCCUGGAAUAUUGGAUUAAUCGGUCAAAAUCUCGCGACAGCUUUUUCGUGUAUGUGGGACAUGGUGUUUUACAGGAUAUGGAUGUUUUAAGAAAAAAUGAGUUCUAUUUGCCCGCAAAUUACGUGUUAGACACUUCAAUUUUAUGGUGCUACCCUUUACAGAAGUACCAGGUAUCGCUAUUUGAUAUCAUGACCGAAAUGGGCUUGCAGCAGAGAUUUCUCCAUAACGGCGUGAACGAUGCCUACAUUACCUUGCAGGCAGCAGUCAAUUUGACAGAUCCUGUGUUCCGCGAAGAUAACUCCAUGUGGGAUUACAUGGCUCUGUUGAACCACCAUGAUGCAUUCUUAAAGCUCGACCAAGAUCUGAAGUUAUACCUUUCCACGAACACGCUCAAACACAGAGUGUACCAACCAAGGUUUAACAAGUUGGAGAGAUCGAAGCGAGGGUCUCGUGAAUACUAUUUAAAUUCCCCGGACCCUAUUGCAAGCGAGAAAGUUGAGAUGUUUUGUUUCAAAGUAUUUGAGCACAUUGGCAGCGAUAAAUUCCGAGAGGAGCUGGAGGAUUUCAAGAAAAAGAGCCUCCCCGAUCUAUUCGAAACUAAAUUAACUACGUAA